UUCUAUUUCUCUAACAUUUAUAAAAGUAUUUUCGAUGCAUCCAUUCACUUGUACGCAGCUGUCAUUACGAUAUCGCUAUUUUUAAUUUGAUAUUUGCUGUUCAUUGUCACGAUCUUGGCCUUCAAUAGGAUUCUAAAAUUUUAAUUUAUACAUUGUUCAGUCAAAUUAAUUUCGAACGCGGUAUAAACCGCGACAAGAAUAUUAACACAUGCGUGUAAAACGGUUUCAUCGAAAUUUCGAAAUUUGGGUACUGUGAUAUUAUUUGUGCUAGUUAACAUGAAUCUCGAAGAGUACCGGAAACAUGGAAAAGAAAUGGUGGAUUAUAUUGCGGAUUAUCUUGAAACAAUACGUACAAGACGUGUUUAUCCAUCGGUAUCACCUGGUUAUUUGAGAACAAUGCUACCAAUCGCAGCUCCAGUUGAUGGUGAACCAUGGGAAAAUAUAUUUAAUGAUAUUGAAAAAUGCAUAAUGCCUGGUGUUACACACUGGCAAAGUCCUCAUAUGCAUGCAUAUUUUCCUGCAUUAAAUUCACCAGCUAGUUUAUUAGCUGACAUGUUGGCUGAUGCUAUUAAUUGUCUUGGAUUUACUUGGGCAUCAAGCCCAGCAUGUACAGAAUUAGAAACAAUUGUUAUGAAUUGGUUGGGUAAAAUGAUUGGUUUACCAGAUGAUUUUUUACAUCGUCCAAAUGGUUUUGGUGGUGGUGUCAUUCAAACAACAGCUAGUGAAGCAACUCUUGUUUGUUUAUUAGCUGCUAGAACAAGAGCUAUUAGAGACAUACAAGAAAAUGAACCUGAUCAAUCACAAGUUGAAAUUAAUUCACGACUAGUUGCUUAUUGUUCAGAUCAGGCACAUUCAAGUGUUGAAAAAGCAGGACUUAUUGGUCUAGUUCAGAUGAGAUAUGUUGAAUCUGAUGAAAAUUUAAGCAUGAGAGGAAAUAAGCUACAUGAGGCUUUGCUUCGUGAUAGAGAAGCUGGACUUACUCCUUUUUUUGUUUGUGCGACACUUGGAACAACUGGUGCUUGUUCAUUUGACAACCUUGAAGAAAUUGGUCCAAUUUGUGAACGUAAUGGUUUGUGGUUACAUAUUGAUGCAGCAUACGCUGGUAGUGCUUUUGUAUGUCCUGAAUUUCAAGGCUGGCUUCGUGGUAUUGAGUGUGCUGAUUCAAUUGCAUUUAAUCCAAGCAAAUGGUUGAUGGUACAUUUCGAUUGUACAGCAAUGUGGGUAAAAAGUAGCCAGGCACUUCACAGAACUUUUAAUGUUGAUCCCCUUUAUCUAAAGCAUGAAAAUUCAGGUCUUGCUAUUGAUUAUAUGCAUUGGCAAAUUCCACUGUCGAAAAGAUUUCGGGCUCUCAAAUUGUGGUUCGUCAUUAGAAAUUAUGGAGUAACUGGCUUGCAGAAACAUAUACGUGAAGGUGUUCGAUUAGCUCAAAAAUUUGAAGCUUUAGUACUUGGUGAUUCGAGAUUCGAAAUUCCAGCAGCUCGACAUCUUGGUAUGGUGGUAUUUCGUCUUCGUGGUGAUAAUUCAUUGACGGAAAAAUUGCUAAAAAAAAUGAACACACGAGGAAGAGUUCACUGUGUUCCAGCAGCAUUACAUGAAAAAUAUGUCAUUAGAUUUACCGUUACAUCAACCAACACAACAAAUGAUGAUAUUCUUCGUGAUUGGGCAGAAAUUAAAAGUACAGCAUCUGAAAUACUUUAUGCAACAAGUGGUGGUUCACCAGUUAGAGCAAAAGUAUCAUUAGCUGAAACACGUCAAAAAAAUGAAAAUUUUGGCUCAAGUUUAUUACUAGCUAAUUCACCAAUGUCACCAAAAAUUGUCAACGGAAGUUUUGCUGCAAUUUAUGAUACAGCUGAUGUAUUCAACGACUGUAUGAAAACAUUUGGUCAAUUACGUUUACAUCCAAGUGAUAGUCCAGCUAUGAGACGACGUAUACGAGGAAUUUUAAUGUCUGGAAAACAAUUUUCACUUGAUUCACGAAUGGAUUUAGUUCAAGGCUAUGCAUCUUGUGGUCGUCCUUUAUCUGAGCCAGGAAAUAAUUUACCAUUAAUGAAAGAAGAUGACGAUGGAAGUAGUAAAAAUCAAUCAAAUAUCAGCAUUGAUAAAACCUGUUCAACAAUUGGCAAACUUUGUAAUGAUAUGGAAUUGUCAAGUUCAGACUCAGAUAAAUCAAUUAAUAAGAAAUCAUUGAUCAACAAGGAUUGCAUUACAAUUAAUGAUGGGCUAAAUGGAAUGAAUAAUAAUCGUGGAUAUUUUAUGGACAAUGGAAUGCCAAAAAGUGAAACAAUUGGUGGAAUAAGUAACAUUUCAAAUAUUCACAUUACAACAAUGUCAUAUACAGAUAAAAAAAAUUCAAAAAAACAAUGAA